GAUUUGUGACUCACCGGAAAAAAAAAACACAGACAUUUUCUCCGAUCGUGAAAUCGAUUACUUCUUUGGAAAAUUGGAUGGAUCAAUUAUUGAUCUUACUGGUAUAAAGAAGAGAUGAGAGAUGCAGCCAAAUCUCUUCCCAUUCGGUUCAGUUUUAGGUAAUCCAUUUCUCUUCAAUGGCGGUGGAGAUCUAAACGAACUUGGUUCUGGUGCUGGAUUCGAAAGCUCUAGGGUUUUCUUCUUACUUCCUUUCUUAUUAUCCCAAGGCACUGGUGUUAUGGAUUUAUCUAAAGUUGGUGAAAAAUUCCUCAGCUCUGUUAAAUCCGCUACUUCUCUUGGUCUCUUACCUUCACCUUCUAUCUCCGAUCGUCCUGAGAUUCCGGCACGUGCUGCGGCAGCUGCUGCGGUUGCUCGUGCUUUGGCUGGACUUCCUUCUGAUCAGAGAUUGAGUAUAUCUUCUACUGCUACUGAGCUUAACUCAAUUUAUGGAAAUAGACCUCUUCCUCAACAAGUUGAAGAGCUUGAAGAAGGAUUUUAUGAAGAGGAUUUUGAUCCGGUAAGGCAUAUUUUGGAGAAUGUGCCGGAUGAUGAAAGUGAGUUAGCUUAUUUUGAGAAGCAGGCUACUUUGAGGUUGGUACAGCUGGAUAGAGUGGCGGAGAAUCUGUCUCACCAUGUUAUGGAGCAUCAUGAAGUAAUGGUGAAGGGGAUGAAUUUGGUAAGAGAAUUGGAAAAAGAUUUGAAGAUUGCAAAUGUCAUCUGCAAGAAUGGAAGACGAAAUUUGACCUCUUCUAUGAAUGAGGCUUCAAGAGAUCUUAUUGUACACACUCAUUCCAAAAAGAAACAAGCUCUUCUGGAUAUGCUUCCUAUACUAACUGAGCUCCGCCAUGCAAGAGUAAUGCAGUCAACUCUUGAAGACCUUGUUGAAGAAGGAAACUAUUGCAAGGCAUUUCAAGUUCUAUCUGAGUAUUUGCAGCUGCUUGACAGUCUAUCUGAGUUCUCAGCAGCCCAAGAGAUGACCCGUGGUGUUGAGGUUUGGUUAGGAAGAACUCUUCAUAAGCUGGAUUCACUUUUGUUGGGCGUUUGCCAGGAAUUCAAAGAAGAUAGUUAUGUAAUGGUCCUCGACGCUUAUGCACUGAUCGGUGAUGUCUCUGGUCUCGCAGAAAAGAUACAAAGCUUCUUUAUGCAGGAAGUUAUCUCAGAAACCCACUCAGUGCUAAAGAGCAUUGUUGGGGAGGAUAACAGUGCUGCCACCCAAUAUAGUAGACUUACCUACAGCGAUCUAUGCCUUCAGACACCAGAAUCCAAGUUUAGGCAAUGUCUUUUGAGAACACUAGCUGUGCUCUUUCAGUUAAUAUAUUCAUACCAUGAGAUAAUGAGUUUCACGCCAGAAAAGAAGGUAGAAAGUUUGAUCUCACCAAGUCCUGCAACAACUCAAAAGGUUGAUUCAGUGACCGAAAGUUCAUGCGACCCACAGGAUGGUGGUCUCUUUUCAGGAAGCAUACCUCCUUGUACCAUUUCUGCUGAAGAGUCUGAUGGAAGUGGAACAUCCAGUUCAGUGCAACAGGCGUCUGAUAUUGCAAAAGAUGAGUCUAGGAAUUCUGGAGAUACAGUAUCAAGUAGCGAGUCGCCAUGGUACUAUCUACGAAAAGAAAGUGCAGCUUUUGUUUCAGAAACUCUUCAGAGAGGACGCAGAAAUCUUUGGCAACUUACAACAAGUCGUGUGUCAGUUUUGCUCUCUUCCCCAGGUGCUUCUUCGACAAGUAUACAUCAGUUCCUAAAAAAUUAUGAAGACCUGAGCAUCUUUAUCCUUGCUGGGGAAGCGUUCUGUGGAUUUGAAGUUGUUGAUUUUAGGGAGAAGCUAAAGGGUGUAUGCGAAAAUUAUUUCACUGCAUUUCAUAGGCAAAGCAUGCAUGCGCUUAAAAUGGUCCUGGAGAAGGAGACAUGGACGAAACUGUCACCAGAUACUGUGCAAGCUAUUAAUUUUGCUGGUCUUGUGGGGGAUGGGGCUCCCCUAAUUAUUUCUUCCCGCAGUGCCUCGGGUUCUUCCAGAUUCCCUCACUCUAAUAAGUCAAAUGACUCAGUUGAUCCAAAUGGCAACAGGAGUGGAUUUUCAUAUUGGCUGAAAAGUGGAAACCCCUUCUCAGCAAAGUUAACUCACUAUAGAGAAGAUCAAGACUACUCCUCGGUCAAUGGAGGAGAUCAUGAAGGUAAUGAUAGUAUUCACGAUGAUGUUGUGAAUCCCAAGAUAACAGACAAAAACCACAUCAACGGAGGUAGUCCUGUUUCUGAAGAUGAAAACGAAGACCUUCUUGCUGACUUUAUUGAUGAGGAUAGUCAGCUUCCAAGACGAAGUUUUACACGUAGUCAAUCAAGGAGUUCUUCUUCAUAUUUCAAUACUAAUGAUGAUUUGACAGCUCAAACAGGAUCGUCCCUUUGUCUUCUAAGAUCCAUGGAUAAGUACGCGAGGCUUAUGCAGAAACUAGAAAUUGUUAAUGUUGAAUUCUUUAAGGGAAUAUGCCAAUUGUUUGGGGUCUUUUUCUAUUUCGUUUUUCAAGUAUUUGGUCAAGAAAAUACUAAUUCAGGUGGAAAAGGAGUUGCCGACUCUUUCAAUCCUCGUUUGAAAAGCUGCUUAUCCCGGAUAUCACAAGAGUGUGAGCAAUGGAUAAAACCUCACCUUUCAUCAUCACCAUCUUCUUCACUUGCCUUUCCCAACACAGUUAGUCUUGCGGAUGUGACUCCAGCAAGUCCCUUAAAUACUUCUGGUCACUUAUCUGGCGUAUCUUUUAGUCUCAAGGAAAGAUGUGCUGCUGUGGACACAGUAUCUCUUGUGGCUCGGGUAUUGCAUAAAUCAAAGGCUCAUCUCCAAUCAAUGUUAAUGUCAAGAAAUGGCUCUCUGGUUGAAGACUUCUUUGAUCAACUGGUUGGUUCCGUACCUGAUCUGACAAAGCACUUACAUAGGACAACUGCGAGGAUACUGCUGCAUGUUAAUGGAUAUGUUGACCGGAUAGCUAAUUCUAAAUGGGAAAUCAAGGAGCUUGGAAUGGAGCAUAAUGGGUAUGUUGAUCUGAUGCUCGGGGAAUUCAAACACUACAAAACAAGGCUUGCUCAUGGAGGCAUUCCACAGGAGGUCCAAAACCGCCUACUGGAAUAUGGAAUUGAAAUAUUUGCGGAGAUACUUGUUGAAGGCUUAUCUCGAAUAAAAAGAUGUACUGAUGAAGGACGUGUUCUCAUGUCAUUAGAUCUUCAGGUUCUAAUAAACGGGCUACAGCACUUUGUGCAAACAGAUGUGAAGGAAAUGUUAAAGAUAGUCGUAACAUUUAUCAAGGCGUACUAUCUGCCAGAGACGGAAUUUGUUCACUGGGCAAGGGCUCAUCCGGGAUAUACAAAAGCACAGGUCCUUGGACUGGUGAAUUUAGUAGCCACCAUGAAAGGUUGGAAAAGGAAAACGCGGCUGGAAGUUAUCGAGAAGAUCGAAUCAGCUUCACUGUAGAUCAACUAGAAGCAUCUGGCAGCUUCAGCAACAUCAAGUAAUACUAUGGUUUUGUUCUGUCUGUUCUUUCUUUUGCAUUUUGUAUCGAGUGGUGUAAAUUUGAGGAUAGGCCCCUUCUUCGUAGUUACUUGUCAUUGCAUAUGGGUUUGUUUAAAAGAUCCUCCUGAAGUUGUAUAUUCUUCAAGAUUGUAACACAAUUUUUCCUCCAUUUAGUUACUUAAUUAAUAUCUUAAAUAUAU